CGCUGUUGCGUCACUUGAUUGACGGCGCUUACUCUCUCUCUCGCUCUCGCUUUGCGCUUCGAGUUUGAUUUGUCUUUGGUUUCCUUCUCCAUUUCUGAAAUGCCAUUAAAACACAAACACAAAAUUAGAGAGUAAUUGAAAACACGUAAAUAUAUAUAUAAUAAUCUCUCAAAAUCCAUCCCAGUCGAUUUUCCCCUUUCCCUCCAACACUCAAAAACCUACCUCAUUGUCUCACAUUCUUCAAUUCUGCUUCUCUCCCGCUUACCCAUGGAGAUGGAGGAUCCGAAUCGCCUUCUUCGACCGUCUCAAUUCGAGUUCCAGCUGCUGCACUCUCAUUCACAGACUCAGAAUCAUCAGAACCAUCCGAGCUAUCUGCUUCCGUCUUUGCCUUCCUCUCAACGUCUUCUUCCCCACUCAUUUCCUGCUUUCGCUCCUUCCAUCGACUCCGGCCACCACUGCCUCUCCGAUAGCGCUUUUGCUUCUCACGCGGACGCCCAUUAUGCUUUUGCUAAGCUGGCGUUGAGACCAAAGAAGGAAAUAGAUGAUGUGGCUCAGAUUGGUGGGCAUGAAGCUGCUGCUGGACCGAGCAAGGCACUUCAGGAUCCGUCGUUAUCUGUACCACAGUCCUGCACGGGUAGAAAACAUAACCCUAAGUCAAAGGUUCCUAAGCAUACGAAAGCUGGGACUCAAAGAUCAACUGCGGAUUCUCAUAAUGGUCUGAAUCCAGCUAUUGGUUGCCGCUAUGACAGCUCUUUAGGCUUGUUAACCAAGAAGUUUGUUAGUUUAAUUCAGGAGGCCAAGGAUAGAACCCUUGAUUUGAACAAAACGGCAGAGGUGUUGGAGGUUCAAAAGCGGAGGAUAUAUGAUAUUACGAAUGUUCUUGAAGGAAUAAAUUUGAUAGAGAAAACUUCAAAGAAUCAUAUACGCUGGAAGUGUUAUGAUGGGUCGACACCAGGGGAGCUAGAUGAUCAAGUUUCUAGAAUACAGGAUGAAGUUGAAAGUUUAUAUGCUGAAGAAUGCAGGCUUGAUGAUGCUAUAAGGGAAAAGCUAGAGCUUCUGAGGGCCUUGGAGGAAGAUGAAAAGAAUAAAAAGUUCCUAUUUUUGACGGAGGAAGAUAUUUUGAGCCCUUGUUGCUUCCAGAAUCAAACACUUAUUGCAAUAAAAGCUCCCCAAGCUAGUUGUAUUGAAGUUAUUGAUCCUGAUGAUGAGGAGGAUACUUGUUUUCCCCAAAAGCAGUUUAGAAUGAUCGUCAGAAGCACUAUAGGACCUAUACAUUUGUACCUCUUGAGCAAAUACCAAGGGCAACGUGAGAAUAUUGCUGUUAAGCAGGCUAAAUCAAUGGGUUCAUCUUCUUGGAAUAGUAGUGAUUAUUCCAGAGUGGAAGGCGGAGGGCUUUCUUCAUACCAUCAGGGUAAUAAAAAGGACAGUUCUGAAAUUCUAAGCUUACCAGGCUCAGAGGCAUCUUCUGGGAUUCAGAAGAUUAUUCCUUCACACGUCAAUGUCAAUGACGAUUAUUGGUUUAGAUCAGAGCAUGAAGUCAGCCUGACAGAUCUAUGGGGGAAUGGAGCAUUUGUGUAACAGCAACAAAGGAUGUUCCUGGAAGUUGUUCCUUUAAAAACUACAAAACAAUUUGUUUAGAGACCUACCUAUUUCACAAUCAAGAAACCUGUAUGUGAUUAAAUUAACUAACGGCUUUCUUUGCUGCAACUUACAGCGAAUUAGGACUGGACCCAGAGCAAAUAACCUCUCCUUCAAGACAAUUCUGGGAAGAGUGGUGUAGCAUUGGCCAAUGGACAUUGACCGUAGUGUAAAUGGGAAUCAGGUAGUUGAUUGCUCCAGAUGGCAUGAAGGGUGCUAUAUUCUGUUCGUGUUUUGAUAUGAAAUUGUGUAGCUAGACCUUUUUAUUUUAUAUAUCCUUUUUAUAGUAAAAUCCAUAGUUGCUGCUGGAAA